AUGAAAGAAGAAGAAAAGAAGACUGAUACAGACCUAGAAUCAGCUACUGGAACGGAUCCGGUGACGGUGAUCUCAGGUGACUUCGGAAGUCAGGGUCGUCCAGCAAGAUUUAAAGCAAAAAGUAAUCCAAUUGAUGCUAAAGAUUUUGACUUCCCAUCCAAAAGAACUACUCUUACUCCACCGAAUAAGACGGCAAACGAGCAGACGGAUUACCUGAUGGUAAGCAAUCGGCGUCGCCCAUGGACACCCGCAACAAAGAAGGAGUUACCAGUGCGUUGCCGACCUUUUAAGGAUUGGGAUUUUGGGGAUUUUGGGACUGGGAAGGGAUUGGGCUUUAUAGAUUCUAUGAUACAUAUGCUGAUGUAUGGGCUCGGUGGAGGCCUGGUGGUGCUGCAUGCAGCCUACAUGGAGUGUGGAAUAUUUUUGGCAAUCGGCAUAAAUUUAUUUCUAGCAGUUCUUGUAGGAUACUGCGUUUGUAUGUUAAUCUGGUCGGCUCAGAAAUUAUACGGGCGACUUCAAAUGCCUGUACUAUCGUACCCUGAUAUCAUUGAAGCUACAAUUCUUCUGUCACCUUGGAAUAAAUUUAGGAAAAUAGCAAGAGGCAUUCGAUACAUUUUAGAAGGAACACUCAUGAUGCACUUGUAUGGUUCCUGUUGUGUCUUCAUCAUCAUGAUGGCCAGGGCUUUGAAGGAGCUGGUAACUGGGGACCAUAAUAUCAGUGACGCUGGGUAUCCACCAUUGAAGGCCUAUAUCAUAUCUCUGGUGGUGCCAUGUGUGAUGAUUUCGAUGUUGAUAGACCUAAAGGUUCUUGCGCCAUUUGCUUUGAUCAGCAAUAUUUACGCCUUCGAACCUUUGGAUGAAACAGAGAGGAGUAAACAGUAG